GAGAAAUUAGUGUUUAGUGAGAAGAAUCAUAAAGAUGUUGGAAUCCACUGAAUUAGAUUACGAAUCGAUGCUGAAAAGUUACUCUGUUCAGGAUGUUGCACUGGAGCAAUCUUGUAAGCAAAGAGCGGUUUUUUAUAAUAUCUAUGAAGAAACCCUUCAAGAGUACAAAGAAGUAAAAGACGAUUAUCUAAAGAGCAAUGAAGAGCAUCAAACUCUACACGCAAACUUUACAGGAAAAUUAAACAUAAAAAAUUCUUUUAAUCAGUUGCACAUGAUUCCUAAUUCUAAACUAAACGAAAUUCAAAGAGAAGUUUUAGCCAUAUAUGAAAUGAUGUCCACUGAUUCGGAUAAUUUUGUGGAUGCAGUUGAUACUUCCGUGGAAAAGUUUCAGAGCUUGGGAUCAGAGUUUGAUGAAAGUGCGAUUUUAAAAAAUAAAUCUGAAUGUAUAAAAAAAACAGAGGUUCUCACGCAAAUAAUUAAAGAACACGAGUCUAAGUACUAUAUUUUAACACAUUGCGAAAAGGAAUAUGAAUAUACAAGAAUAGCGUACAAUUUAAAAAAACAAUUUUUAAAUAACCUGCUUGACUAUUACGAACCGCAUAAAAUCAUAUCAGGUAUAUCUGAAAAUAAACAGCAUUUGGCUCUGUUAACGAAGAAUAUAGAGUUUUUGAAGGAAAGAAAUCGUGAAUUUGAAGACCAGUGUCAAGCUUUCAGCAAUUAAUUAGCUACCACUAUUAUUUAGAAU